AACAACAAGAGUAGUUGCUUGCACGUGCCACUUAAUGCCGCCAUUUUCGCAUUUCUUUUCCGCCUCCGGGAAAUGAAGCUUCUCCGUCCAUUCUCUGCUCCCUCACCUCACUUCCCACCCUUCGCCGCUGCCAACCGAUUCUCCCCCACUCUUUCCUUCCACCUUCAAUCCACCUUCAACCGCAAUGCCUCUCCUCGCCACCUCUCCGUCUUCUCCCACCCUCGCCACUUGAAGAUGAACUACACCGACCCCAAUUUCACCCUUAGAUUCCGCCGUUUGCCUCCGGUCUCUGCCAGUGCGAAGCCUCCGCCUCAUACUCCUCCGCCGCCGGAUUCCGAUGCGAGGAAUCGGAAGCUUCUGGUGUUGGCGUGCGCCGCCGUUACUGUAGCACUGGCAAUUGCCAAUCGUGUCCUCUACAAGCUCGCCCUUGUUCCGAUGAAGGAAUUCCCCUUCUUUUUGGCUCAGCUCACUACUUUUGGGUAUGUGGCUAUAUAUUUCUCCACACUUUUCACGAGAUACAAAGCUGGAAUUGUCACUGAUGAGAUGUUAGCAUUUCCAAAAACACCUUUUAUAGUCAUUGGUCUUCUGGAAGCUCUUGGAGUUGUGGCAGGAAUGUAUUCUGGAGCUCAGCUUCCGGGACCAGCCAUACCUAUACUAACUCAGGCAUUUUUGGUAUGGCAACUGGCCUUCUCUGUGCUGAUCUUGGGGAGGAGAUACUCCUGGAACCGACUCGCUGGAUGCUUUCUUGUUGCCGCUGGUGUUGUACUGUCUGUUACGAGCGGAUCUGAACAGGAUCAAAUGCUCUCUGGAGUUGGAAUGAUAUGGCCAGCAAUGAUGAUAACUUCAACUGCAUUUCAAGCAGUUGCUUCUGUUCUUAAGGAAUCUGUUUUCAUUGAUGCUGCGACCCGUCUCAAGGGAAAACUGCUGGACAUAUUUGUGGUCAAUUCAUACGGAUCUGGAUUUCAGGCGCUUUUUGUACUCCUCUUUCUGCCAGUUUUGUCAAAUUUGAAGGGCAUACCAUUACCUGAACUGCCUGCAUACUUGAAAAGUGGUGCUGGUUGUUUCUUUAAUAUUGGAGCCGAUACAACAGGUUGUGAUGGAGCCCCACUACUACCUCUCCUCUACAUAAUAACCAAUAUUGCUUUCAACAUAUCGGCGCUCAAUCUUCUAAAAUAUUCAUCCGCAGUUGUAUCGUCCCUUGCUGUGAUGUCAUCAGUGCCAAUCUCAAUCUACAUUCUUUCACUUCCAUUACCAUACAUCCCAGGAGGUGUAACCUUGAGCCCCUUUUUCGUCAUGGGCAGCGUGGUUCUUAUGUUGGGGCUCAUCUUAUAUAACUUUUCCUGGCCUCUCAAGCAGGACUCAGACACCUCUUGACAAUGACUGUUGUUGUCUCUAUAUUAUGUUGUAAUGUUUGUAUAGGUUGAUGGCUGAUUGUGGCUGGUUGUGGCUUAGGGAUCAUCUGAUGUUCAAGGUUGUGCAUAUAUCACGGGCACUCAUCAAACACUUAUCUAAUACUAAGUCGACACGUCUUUACCCGGGUAAGACUCUGCACAUUUAGCGUACCGACUGCACCUUCAGAAUAAUCUGUACAAGAUUUCGCUUCCUGAGUUUUAAGUUGGUUUCAAAUUGUUUAUAGAACCAUAUAUUCAACAUAGUAAGAUGAAGUUACAUCUAUAUUUAUCAA